GCCGUCUUUUACACCAAAGCACUGAAAUCGAAAGGAGAAAAAUGGCAGAUAUGUUAUCACUUAACAAACUUGGACUAUUGUGCGUACCUUUAUCCGUUGUAGCAGCUAUCGCAGUGUAUGUUAUCCGGAAGAAAGACAAAGAUGUGUACGACUCGUUGACUGAAUUUAAGUUCAUUCAAUUAAUUGUUAACUUGGGAUUUAAGUUGCUGAAGAACAGGAAACAAGGUGAACUGAAAAUAAGGGACGAACUCGCUUACACAGCUAGUGGCGAUGCAAAGUUCCCGCUGAUUAUCUCUCCUAGAAACCAUAAAAUUGGUGUUAAGCGAGUAAGGUUAGACAGUGAACAUAUCGGAAAAUAUAAACUAUUGUGCGGAUACGAUGCAAACUCCAAUGUUAUUCCGGUGUGCUAUGCGGAAACAAUAUUUAUGCCUGUUUUAAUGACUCUUGUAUCAUCAGACAAAUUCUGUUUAUCACCUCUGGGUCUGAUUCACAUAAAGCAGGAGAUCUGGCAGCACGACGCCUUAGAAAAAUUUCUCAACAAAGAACUAUUCGCAGAAGCAUAUGUCACCCAAUACAGACAGGGAGAGCGAGGCGUCGAGGUUGACGUCAAAAUGCGUUUGAUGGCGUCACGUCAGUUCUGCGUCUGGAAGUCAGUCAUGACCUGUCUCUCAAGGUCAUCCACUAGGGGUCAGAGGUCAAAAGAAAAGGAGAAAAAAGACUUUUCCGCAGAGAACUCCUACCGCUACCAGUAUUCGGACUAUGUCGACGUUUCGGGCGACUGCGGCUUAUCGUAUGCCAAGCUCUCGGGCGACUGGAACCCCCACCACCUGUACACUUGGAGCGCUUGGCUGCUAGGCUACAAGCGUCCGAUCGCCCAUGGGAUGUGGACGCUGUCAAGGGCGCUGGCAGUUGUAGAAAAAAAUGAACUUUCUCCACUAUCAGACAAGCUGCACGUAACGUGCGAGUUCAAGCGGCCUGUGUUCAUGCCAGGGCGUAUGCGCGUGCAACACGACGAUCUGGCGUCCAAGGACUAUCCCGGUGGCUGUAAGAUACUCGUGCAAAACGCGGAGACGGACGAACCCCAGCUUGUAGCAUCCAUCAGUGGGAUAGCGAAACGGGAACCAGAGAAAGGAAAAGAGUCCCUCUACUCGGACAGAUGGUCACGCGACACGGACGUAGGGUCACGUGUCUCCGACAGAGGGUCGCAUUACUCGCUUAGAGAGCCACGUGACUCGCACAUAGGGACACGUGACUCCGACAGAGGGUCACGUUACUCGCUUAGAGAGUCACGUGACUCGCAAAUGGGGUCACGUGACUCCGACAGAGGGUCACAUUACUCGCAAAGAGAGUCACGUGAUUCGCACAUAGGGUCACGUGACUCGGACAGAGGGUCAAUUGGGACGGGAAGAGGGAGGGACAAUAGAGGCGGAAGAGGGUUUUACAAUGCAGACCUUUGAAUAAAGUUUCAUUUGUUGCACUCAAUUAUAUUAAUAUAUCUUCUUAAAAACGUGCACGUAAAUUUAUAAAUGAGUGGUAUGCUUGUGUGUUUUUUCCGCGCCGUAUCAAUUAGUUUGACAUUGUAUGAGAUAUGUUUGUUACUUCCUGUGUGAGAUAUAUCUUAUAUAGAUAUAAAGCAGCCUAAUGAUAUUAAUAAAUAUGUGUUCCCCCUAUAUCAAAUUGUUUACCAUGAUCGUUUCAAGCUUUAUCGCACUAAUCAGCCGAGCGUCCAGUUAGCCAAUAGAGUUUUUAUCGAUCAACAUUUUGUGGCGAUUUUCCGAAGAUACCCGGACUUGAAGCGAUAAGUGUAUAGCUUUAUUAUAAACAAUCAGUCAUUGAACAUUCCGUACUGUGAAGAAUUAGUUCGUUAUACGUGUUUUAGGACUGACAUGCGUGCUAUAUGUGGUGCACACUCGACAAACACAGUAACGAACGUCAGUCCGUCCGAAAACUUUUAACAUUGGCCAUAACUUUUGCAAUAUUGAAGAUAGCAACGUAUCCUCACGUAUUUGAAAUUUAGAUUCUUAACAUAAGUUUCUGAGACACGUGGCUUCGUGGAGUCGAUAAAAUAGUUUAUCCUUUGUGGAGAAAGAAAUUAACUGAAAAAUUUGAGAUUUUUGCCAAAUAAUAAGAAACUUCCAUCUGAAAACAACAUGAACCUCAUGACCAGUACACAUUUCAACUAAAUAAACACACUUAGUAAUAAUGCAAGAAAGUGUUUGCUAUUUGAGCAUGUAGAGAAAUUACCUCGCUUCCAAUAAUGAAAUGUUGAUAGUAUUCAAUUUAAUAUGAACGACUAUUUAGCAUGUUUUAAAAGGUUUUUCGCAUGAUGUUGUGGAACUUAGAUUGCCGAUACAAGUCGACUUUCAACAAAUUCGGCUCUCUGAUAACCGGGUACUCUAAUAACCGAGUUUUAUACUCUACUUGAAAUGCGUGUAUUUAAUAUCUUGACUAUUCUUUCCAAAGGGUUUUCUAUUCUAGAAUGUAGAAUAAUGACUGUGCUUCACAUAUUGAAAUUUUGAUAGUAUUAAUUGAAAUAUUAACGAAUAUAGAGCAUGUUUUGAUAUGUGGUAUGCAUGAUGUUGUAGAUAUAAUUAGGUUGCAAGUAUAUAUAUUCAACAAUGAAUAUAAAGAUGUGAUACUCGUGUGUUUAAGAAAAUCUGAAUAAAGUUCAACAAAACAC